GGAAGUGAAUCUGCGCUUUUGAGUGGCUUGUAUGCCAUCUUCAACUAAGUUUUGAUUUCUAGUCAUAAAUCCUUUAAUCUGAGUCCAUUUCACUUUUAACCAAUGCAGUCGCUUAGUAAAACCCACAUAGUACGGAUGGUUUGCUGAAUGAAUGAACCUGAGAGUCUGUUAUACUCGUUAAAAGCAGCUCUCGGUUAUUAUUCACACUUUAACCUCACAAUACAGCGUUCAGCUGACAUGUGGGAAUGGCAGAUUUCGAGUGUCAUAGGCUUCAUCUCUCUAGUUCUUUUUCUCAUAGCUGUAUGUUACAUUUUGUACUCGGGACUGACCUCUGAAAUCCAUAUCAGGACUGGUUUACCCCCUAUCAGGAGCAUCACUAUAGCCUAUAAAUACAAAGUGGGACCUUAUAAAAACUGUGGGUCCCUGUUCAAAGAGAGCCGCAGCAUUGGACCCAAGCUGUCGUGCAUUGGGAUCUUCUAUGAUGAUCCAAAGAAGGUUCCAGCACAGAAGUGUCGCUAUGCUGUGGGCAGUAUUCUGAGUGAAGGUGAGGACAGGCCCAAUGAGGGCCAGCAGCAGCUGUACGAGAAGCACGGUUUUCGGGUUUUCUCUUUCCCAGAGGUUACACAUGUCGUCACGGCCUCCUUCCCUCACCGAACCCCUCUCUCUAUUUUCCUGGGGGUACAGAGGGUCUAUCCACAGCUGAACUACUACAUCAAGGAAAGGAAAUUAUGUGCGCAUCCAUUUCUGGAGAUCUACCGAGGAGGGAUGAUCCACUAUAUGAGUCCGCUGGCUCGGCAGGGUGAUUUCUAUGUUCCUGAAGUUAGAGAGGCCCAAAGAUGGUUACUGGGAAAAGAGUCUGAAGAGGACAGGAGGACGGACAUCACAGGUGCCGAUUCCCACAGCGAGUGCAGUUCUGUGAGCCGCCUGCCCCCCUGCGACAGCCGGGACACCUCACCUGCCCCGUCCACCACCAGGACACACUCGCACGGAGACCGAGACCGUCACUGGGACUUUGAGCGCGUGGAGAGAAGCGACACCUCCAGCGUCUCUUCCUUCGAGGAGCUGGAUCUGGACUCGGACAGGUGUGACCACACACCUCCAGCCCUCACAGGAAGUGGCAAAGACAACCUGCAGGGCCAAGACAGAGAGAUGAUGGUUGAGGAAGAGUGAGAGAGCCAAUGGAAA